GCUGUGGUUGGCGUUCCAUUUGUCUCUUGCCUGCAGAACCCGGUUACCGUUGAGAAGGCGCAAUCUUGAUUCGACAUGGCAUCGUCCAUCGUGAAGCGAGCUACUUGCUCCGUCGUGGCAGGUCUUCGAUUCGGGGCGUCACUGAGGUCUUACGCUGCUAGGGUUGCAUCUGGCACAGACUUAAUCGCCGCUGCUCCCAAUGUUUCUCUUCAGAAGGCUCGUUCCUGGGAUGAUGGAGUCUCAUCUAACUUCUCCACUACUCCUCUCAAAGAUAUCUUCAAGGACAAGAAAGUCGUCAUCUUCGGCCUUCCAGGUGCAUAUACAGGAGUUUGUUCAAACAAACAUGUCCCUGCUUACAAAGAUAAUAUUGAGAAGUUUAAGGCUAAAGGCGUUGAUUCUGUUAUUUGUGUGUCUAUUAAUGAUCCAUAUGUUAUGAAUGCAUGGGCGGAGAGACUUCAAGCGAAAGAUGCUAUUGAAUUUUAUGGGGACUUUGAUGGAAGCUUCCACAAAAGCCUUGAUUUAGUAACAGAUCUCUCGGGUGCUCUACUUGGAACUCGAUCUCAAAGAUGGUCAGCUUAUGUGGUAGAUGGGAAAGUUAAGGCUCUUAACGUUGAAGAAGCUCCAUCUGAUGUCAAGGUUUCUGGUGCAGAGACCAUUCUGGGACAGAUUUGAAGUUUCUGUGCUUUUUAUGCAACUAAGAUGUAAUAAUAUGUUCUUUUUCCCCCCACGUAAGAUGUAACUCUCCAAUAAAUUGUAUCUGAUGCUUACAGCAGAGAAGAGAGACAAUGCUGUGAUGUGAGUUGAGUCUCUGAUGCUUCCUUGUUUUUCAUAUGCUUCCAAUAAAACAUAAUUUGUUAGGGUGCCA